AUCAACUUUAUCUAUAAAUAUCGACAGUACAAGGUUCAGAACAACGCGAGAGUUGCUUAUCAAGAAAAAAAAAUGGUGACAGAGUUGGCAGCAUUUCUCUGCAUUGUUAUUGUUUUUCUAUGGAUUUGGUGGAAUGGAAGAAACUCUAUAGCCAUCGAUUGGCCUAUUUUUGGGAUGAUUCCAUCGCUUCUUCGCAACUUCGAUCAUAUCCAUGAUCACGCCACCUCUGUUCUUCAACGAAGUAAAGGCACUUAUGUGUUCAAAGGACCUUGGUUUAGUGGCAUGGAUUUCUUGUUGAUUAGUGAUCCCUUGGACGUCCAAUACGUUCUGAGUAAGAACUUCUCCAACUAUCCCAAGGGUGCUGAGUUCAAGCAGAUUUUUGAACCUCUUGGAGAUGGGAUUUUCAAUUCUGACUCAGAUACCUGGAGAGCUCAGAGGAGAAUAAUUCACUCUUUGUUUAAGAACAAGAGGUUCGAGCUUGCUGUAGAGAUCAGUUUGAAGCAGAAGAUCUUACAGGGUCUAUUUCCAGUUCUGGAAAAUGUUUCAUAUGAAGUAGACUUGCAAGAUGUGUUUCAGCGAUUCACAUUUGAUAAUAUCUGCCAGUUGGUUAUAGGCUUCGACCCAAAUUCUCUUUCAGUUGAAUUCCCUCAAAUUCCUUAUCAGAAGGCUUUUGAUGAUUUCGAGGAGGGAGUCAUUUACCGACAUGCCUUGCCUGCAAGCAUUUGGAAGCUGCUAAGAUGGCUUCAGAUUGGGAAAGAGAAGAAGUUUAAGACAGCUUGGAUAGUUUUUGAUGAAUUCCUGGAGCAAUGCAUUGCAAGAAAGCAAAAGGAGGUUGGCCAAAGCUGCAAAGAACAAAUGGAAGGAAAAGAUUUCAACUUAUUAACGUACUUUCUUGCUGAAGAUGAGGGUCUUGCACAAGAAGCAGCAGAAUGUGGAAUCCUGACUAAAUCAAACAAGUUUUUAAGAGAUAUGGCUUUUAAUCUCUUGGCAGCUGGUAAAGACAGCGUAGGUGCUGCUCUUGUUUGGAUCUUCUGGGUUGUUGCAACACACCCAGAUGUAGAGCAGAAGAUCCUGGAGGAGAUCAAAGCAAAUUUAGGAGCAGAAACUGGUGAACAAUGGAGGGUUUUCAGUAUUGAAGAGGUAAGAAAACUAGUUUAUCUCCAUGCAGUUAUAUGCGAGGUCCUGAGGCUGUACCCACCUGUACCUUUCGAGCACAAAGUGUCAAUUGAAGAAGACACUCUUCCUAGCGGGCAUAAAGUGCCAAGAAAUAUGAGGAUCUUGUUCUCAUUAUACUCAAUGGGAAGGCUAGAAGAAAUAUGGGGCAAAGAUUGCUUAGAAUUUAAACCAGAGAGGUGGAUUUCAGAAGGAGGAGGAAUCAAACAAGUGCCUUCUCACAAGUUCAUAGCAUUCAAUGCAGGACCCAGAAGUUGUAUAGGUAGGGAAUUGGCCUUUCUACAAAUGAAAACGAUUGCUGCUUCUGUUUUAUGGAAUUAUUCCUUUCAGGUGGUUGAAAACCAUCCUGUUACUCCAACUAUUUCCAUUGUACUUUAUAUGGAAAAGGGUUUGAAGGUUAGGGUUUCUAAGAGGUUUGGUUCUUGAAGAGGUCGUCAUCAAUCCAACUUAUGCAAGACCAUUUAUAUGUAAUUCACUAGUUCUUGCUAAGUUGGCUGUAACAACCCAAUAUUUCAAAUAAAUAUAUUUUUAUUAUUUUUC